AUGGCUCUGCUUCAUUCGGGGAAAGGGGGAACCACUCUGCCAGGCUCGAAGCCCCCUCUCCGGUUGCUUAGUCCGGGAAAAGGGCCAGAAAGGGCGGUGCUGCGCUGCCCGCCGACCGUGCCCCGGCCCCGCGGAGCCGCCUGCCCAGGCCCCGGCCCCCGCCGGCCGAGCGGUGCCCUGCCACAGCGCCGGCCCCGAUCGGCACAGCCCCGACGCCGGCGGCGCUUCCCGCGCAACUCACCGCCGCAGCGGAGAUCAGAGAGGCUCGGGGCCAGUGCGGCCAGGAGCGCAGGAGGCCGGGAGUCGCUUCCCGGGCAUAGGGAUCCGUUGGGAUUUAGGGCCGGCCUCGAGGUGUCCCGCUCAGAGGAAUGGUGUAAUCGUGCUGUUAAGCGAAAGGCGCUAACAGCACCAGGAACGGUCUUUAAAAAUCUCGGGGGCAUUCCGCUAAUACAAAGAAGCGUGCGUGGAGUGACCGGGGCAGGGGGGUCCCUGUCUGUGACAUCUGUCUGUGAUGAGGAGCAGUUCAGACGCCCCCUUCUGUGCCGUCCGCCGUGUCCGACGGCUGUGUUUGUGCAUUUGCUUGCAGAACCUGCCUUCGGGGAAGUGAACCAGCUCGGGGGGGUGUUUGUCAACGGGAGACCCCUGCCCAAUGCCAUCAGGCUGCGGAUUGUGGAACUGGCGCAACUGGGUAUCAGGCCGUGUGACAUCAGCCGGCAGCUCCGCGUUUCCCACGGCUGUGUCAGCAAAAUCCUGGCUCGCUACAACGAGACUGGCUCCAUCCUACCGGGGGCUAUCGGCGGCAGCAAGCCUCGGGUCACCACUCCCACGGUGGUAAAACAUAUCCGGACCUACAAACAAAGGGACCCGGGCAUCUUCGCCUGGGAGAUCCGGGAUCGCCUGCUGGCCGAUGGCGUGUGUGACAAGUACAACGUGCCGUCGGUCAGCUCCAUCAGCCGCAUCCUCCGCAACAAAAUCGGGAACCUGUCUCAGCAGAGUCACUACGAGUCUUACAAGCAGCACCAGCCGCCCCCACAGCCUGCUCUGUCCUACAACCACAUCUACCCCUACCCCAGCCCCAUCGCUGCUGCAGGAGCCAAGGUGUCCACCCCUCCCGGGGUGCCGGCGAUCCCCAGCACCAUGGCCAUGCCCAGGACGUGGCCGUCCUCUCACUCGGUGACGGACAUCCUGGGGAUCCGCUCCAUCACAGACCAAGCAGUGAAUGACACUUCGCCUUACCCCAGCCCCAAGGUGGAGGAAUGGAGCAGCUUGGGCCGAAACAGCUUCCACCCGCCGACCCAGCACGCCGUGAACGGGUUGGAGAAGAGCUCCCUUGAGCAGGAGGCCAAGUACAGCCAGGUGAUCUGGAUGGCACCCAAUUCGAACCCCAUUUGUGAGACCUGCCUCUUACUGGCCACCUGCUUCCACGGCCAAAACACAGUGCCCUGUCCACCAACCCACAUGGCUUCAGGGCACUCCACCCGGAUGAAACUAAUAAAGAAAGUCAGAGAGGCACCCAAUGGCCUCCCGGCCGUCAGCAGUUUCGUGUCCGCACCAGCCAUGCCCGCCUACGCCACACCGGCCCAAGUGUCACCUUACAUGACGUACAGCGCCGCUCCAUCCAGCUACAUGGCGAGCCACGGCUGGCAGCACGCCGGGGGCACCCCGCUGUCCCCUCACAGCUGCGACAUCCCCGCCUCGCUGGCCUUCAAGGGCAUGCAGACUGCCAGGGAGGGCGGCCACUCUGUCACGGCCUCCGCUCUCUGA